AUGGCGGGCGCGGCCUGGCGGGAGCCCGGGCUGCUGCUGGCGGUGCUGGCGGUGACCGCGACGGCGGCCCAGCCUGCUCACCUGCUGACUCUGCUGUCUUCGGGCCAGGGUGUUCUGGACCGCGUGGCCCUGGGCAGCCUGUUAAAUACACUGGCGGCCCGUGUGCACUGCACCUCAGGGCCGUGUGGAAAGUGCCUGUCUGUGGAAGCCCUCCUGGCCCUGGGCCCGCCUGAGGGGCCGGGGCUGGAGCCCCCACACAUCGCCCGCCUCAGUGCGGCUGCCGCCCUCUACCUCAGCGACCCCGAAGGCACGUGUGAGGAUGUGCGGGCUGGCCGCUGGGCCUCCCAGGCUGACCACCUCCUGGCCCUGCUCGAGGGCCCCGGGGCCCUGACCCCAGGCCUGAGCCGGCUGCUGCAGAGGAUUCAGGGUCAGACCGCCAGCCAGCCCCCCGCAGAGGAGGCCUGUGUGGACGUGCCUCAGCUGCUGGACGAGGCGGCGGGGGCGGGGGCUCCCGGCAGCCCUGGCUUCGUGCUGGCUGCCCUGCUGGACCACGUCAGAAAGGGGUCCUGCUUCCACGCCCUGCCGACCCCCCAGUACUUUGUGGACUUCGUCUUCCGGCAGCACCACGGCGAUGCCCCCAACAUCACACUGGAUGAGCUGGCGGCCUUGAUGCAGCACCUGGGGGUGGGCGGCGCGGCCGAGCCCCACGGGGACCACAGCGACGGUCAUCGCCACCCCCCUCUGGAAAAGAGGGCCGACCUGGCCGCUCCCAGCAGCGGCCCCAGCGCGUGGGACGCGGUGUGCCUGAGUGCCAGGGACGUGAUGGCCGUGUACGGGCUGUCGGAGCAGACAGGGGUGGCCCCGGACGCCUGGGCCCGGCUGAGCCCGGCCCUGCUCCAGCAGCAGCUGAGUGGGGCCUGCAGCCUCCAGCCCAGCGGCCCCACCCAGGACCAGCUCAGCCAGGCGCAGAGGUACCUGUACGGCUCCCUGGCCACGCUGCUCAUCUGCCUCUGCUCUGUCCUCGGCCUCCUGCUGCUCGUCUGCGUCGGCUGCAGCGCGGCCGCCCACUACGUCACCCAGACCUUCCUGGGCCUGGCCGUGGGCGCGCUCACCGGGGACGCCCUCCUGCACUUGACCCCGAAGGUCCUGGGGCUGCACCAGCACAGCACGGACGACCGAGGCCCACAGCCCACCUGGCGCCUCCUGGUCGCAAUAGGAGGCCUCUACACCUUCUUUCUGUUCGAGAAACUCUGCGACCUCUUGCUGCCCCUGGACCCAGAGGCCCCGAAGGACGAGCCUUGCAGCCACGCUGGCCACAGCGGCCACAGCCACGGCACAUCCCUGCAGCUGGCGCCCAGGGAGCUCCGGCCGCCCAAGCGGCCCCAGGACAGCUCCCGCGCAGACCUGGUGGCGGAGGAGAGCCCUGAGCUGCUGAGCCCCGGGCCCCGGAAACUGAACCCAGAACUCAGGCUGCUGCCCUACAUGAUCACUCUGGGCGACGGCCUGCACAACUUCGCGGACGGGCUGGCCUUGGGCGCCGCCUUCGCCUCCUCCUGGAAGACUGGGCUGGCCACGUCGCUGGCGGUGUUCUGCCACGAGGUGCCACACGAGCUGGGGGACUUCGCGGCCCUGCUGCACGCCGGUCUGUCGGUGCCGCGGGCGCUGCUCCUGAACUUGGCCUCGGCGCUCACGGCCUUCUCUGGCCUCUACGUCGCGCUCGCGGCCGGUGUCGGCGAGGAGAGCGAGUCCUGGAUCCUGGCGGUAGCCAUCGGCCUCUUCCUCUACGUGGCGCUCUGCGACAUGCUCCCGGCCAUGCUGCGCGUGCGGGACCGCCGGCCCUGGCUGCUCUUCCUGCUGCACAACGUGGGCCUGCUGGGCGGCUGGGCGAUCCUGCUCCUGCUGUCCCUGUAUGAGGACAGCUUCACCUUCUGA